UCUCAAGGCAGGUGUGAAACAGGUGGUCACAGUGCUGCUACAGUGAGAUGGCACCAGGAAAACACCUCCAAGGAGAUUCCCUGUGAGAAGUAAUGAACCACAACCUGCAGCAAAAUUCCUUCUUCACAAAGGAUCUGAGUCCAUGGAUCCCAGCUGGGACAAGAGAUGUGAAGAAGGAGAUCUAAGGUGGUGAAGCAGCAGAAAGGAACUCACAGAGCUGUACCCCUGGGCAGGACCAGCCUGAUGCUUUGUGCAAAGAUAAGGCAGUGCUGAUGAAGUAUGUGCUGGGGUAGGAGGUGGGCAAGGGAUGUAUAAAAGCCCACUUAGACAUAGAAUCAGUCUGCAGGGAAGGAAGCAAAGCUGAGCAAAGAGUUGGGAUAGCUCGGCCCCUCUGGACCAGAAAGGCUCCAGUGACGGCAGAGAGCAGCCGGGCGAGACAAAAAACAAGAGCAGCCAAGGAAAUCUUGAGCCCAGGCCAAAUUAUUAGCUUAAGUCAUUAGCUGUGCAGAGCAUGUCCCAGGGCUGUGCCAGCAGCAGAGUGCUCUGGGCUGUGAUGCCAGGUGGAGCUCCAGCAAGGCUCACCUGCACACAGGCACAUCAGCUCCAUCCCUCCAUCCCAGGUCUUGGCCCAGCAGCAGCAGUGGGCAGAGCUGCAGCAGCCAAGUGCUGCCAAGGGCUGCUUCUGUGGCUGUACGGGUGUGAGAGGGGCUUUGGAUUCCAAGCAAAGCUUCGAGGUGUUUUUUGGUGUUCUCUCCACCAACACUGCUCUCCUGAGGCCUGUUAUGGUCUCGAGAGCAGAGAGGAUGUGGGAAAGUGGCUGGUGGCCAAGAGGGACUCUCACCUUUCCCGUUCCAAGGUAUUUCCCAGUCCUGGCCAUCCCCUGGCAUUCAUGCUAUCCUAGAGGGCACAGCCCAGGGCUUCCUUUCAGCCCUUUUGUUGGCUACGUGUAACUCCCAAGUGUCCUCCUUUCCCCACCUUCUCUUUUGCUGUCUGAAGACCCUUGGCUUUGGCGUAUCCCAUGCUGUUAUUCCUCCUUCCAUUUCCCCAGUACCCAAGGUCCCUCUGCUUGUGUCCCAUCCUUAUCUCCCCAUUGCAGACCUGCUCCUUGGCUGUGGAAAGCAUCUGCUCUGCUCUGAGGAUGUCCUGUGCUGGGGCCAAUGUGAGUCCUGCCCCAGAGCUGCAAGAAACCAAGAACUUCACAGUCUCCCCUGCCUGUUGUCAAAGAGCCCCCAAGAGUUUGUUCUGUCCCAUUUUCUUGUAGAUCUGUCCACAAGUGCACAGGGUGUACAGCCUCACUGGGCAUCCUUCUCUGCCAAGCCAUGCAGGGUGUGCCAAGGAAAUUGCUGACUGGCUGCUUUUUGUACAGGUCUUUGAACUGUCCCCAGACAUCCCCUCUGAAAUCCCUUUUCAGGAAGGAGCUGCAGAGGGGACAGGCAGAAUGAUGGCAGGGAGUCAGGGAUGGGGUACCCCACCUGGCCACUGCCAUCUCCAUGCUAUUUGCAGGAAGCACCUGGCUGGGCAUCUGCAGCCCAAAGGUGAUGCUGAGGGACACGUGUGCUGCAGGGAUUUUGGGAGAUGUUUGCUUGCCUAGGAGUGUAGAGCAAGACACAGCUGAAGGUUUUUUCGAUCUGCUGCUCAUCAUUCAUGGUGACCACAACACCAGUGACACUGAAAACAGUGAGUAUUAGAGGCAGAGCAGGAAUUGGAACCUUUUGAGUUCUUCUGGACCAGAUCCUCAGAUUCAUCUUUGCUACUUCUGGGCGAAGCUGUGACUUGCUAGUUUUGCCCCUUUAUCUCCAUCUAAUCAGAUUGGCUGUGUUCACUCAGCUAGAGGAGAUCCAGUGGGGCCCUGAGCCCCAUGGCUGCUGUGGCCUCAGUCCUUGUGCUGCACCAGGACUGGGAAUGUGCUGGGAGCUGUGUGAGGCUGCCACGAGCUGGGUGUUGCAAGCGGAAUUGAAGCAGCUGCAGUUCUUUCCCAGUAUUUCCCAAUGAAAUGAACACAGCCAGCCCAGAUCCCACCCCCAGGGACUGGCAGUAGCUGGAAUUUGCUGAAAUUCCCCCUUUGCCCUUUCCAGCUCUGCAGCUCAGAGGUGGAAGGCAGACCACUACCAGACAGCCUGGGGAAUAGGUCUCCUGGCAGCUCCCGUGGCUACCAGGUCUCCAGGAAGGCAGCAGCAUGGUCGGUGCUCCCUGGGGAGAGCCCAGGGGCAAGGUAAUGCCCACAUGGUCAGUUUACAUUUCAAUGGGUUGGAUUUCCCACAGGGAUCAUUAGUCCCUCCUGAUUUCCACUUAAAUUGACAACUGAAUUAUCGAGGUUUCGACAGGAAUGAGUUCUCAUGGAUGCUUCAUGCUGCAUCCUGUGGCGUCCUUGGGGCUGGAGCUCCAGUGCUCCCUAAUUGCUCAGGAAGAGGCUUAAAUGAGUCGGUGUGAGCAAUGCUCUUUCCUCAUCCCCACCAAGUCCCCUGCCUGUUUGUGCCUCUGGGGAGCCUGAACCCUGAAGAUUCCUGUCUCCCCCCUCUGCAUUGCCUCUUCUGGCCCCUGAGGCUCAGUCCUGCCAGGGGGAUGGGUGACCUUCCUCAUGCCACAGGGAUGCACUUCAGAGAUGACCACGCUUUUCUUAGAAAUCUUACUGACCCCGAGUAAGAGGGGGGAAACCCACCACAUUCCCCUUUCACAAUGCAAGUGGAAAGCCCCUUUCCUCACUCUGGUGUUCUUCCUGGGGAGCAGAGGCGUGUGAAGCUGCUGUGCUUUGACCCACUAGGCACCCUGACAACUGUCAUGAGGAAGAGCAAACUCCCUUUCCUACCCAUGCUGUUGGCAGGGGCAGCUCAGGGCAUGGGGUUCCCCUGCAGCCAGAGGUAGUAAGAGGUUUAGUCCCACAUGGAUAUAUUCCCAGCUCAGCCUGCUCCUUUUGGUGUAGAGCCAGUUGGGAGCCAGCAGGAGGUGGGAGAACCUUGUGCCAGGGAAGUGAUGGCUGGGGACACCCCUGCUUGCCAUGGGGUGCAGGACCCAGCAGUGCCUGGAGGAGAGUCCCACAACUCAGGAGUCCCAGCACCCCACACCCAGAACAUGCAAGGAAAAAAGGGUUUGCUGCUGGGCAGCCCCCCCAGCACCCCCACCCCCCCCAGUGUGUCAGGGUGCUGCUCUUGGGACCCACUCUUUGCAGGGAGCUCCACACUGUGAGACCAAGCCCCAGCAAGGAGCUGGCUCUGGGCUGGGAGCAGUUCUGGCUACCAGCUACCAGAAGCUGUCAUCCUCCCCGCUGUGACAUCUCUCUGACAGUGUCCUGAGGAGAUUAAGCAGAGACCAGGUUGCAGAACCAGCCUACAUCCCCAAACCUGCAGGGAGCCCAGGGCUGAUGACGCUAAUCCUUCACCACCUAAACUCAACUUCUGGUUUGGGAGUGUCAGCAGGUGCUGACUGAAGUUAAGCUGACACAUCCUGUUUGUGCUACUCCUGCUGGGGCACAGAAGCAGCCAGAGGCAAUGCUUUCCUGAUGGAGGAGAUCACCCCACACAUGAGGCCAGUGCCAGUGCAGGGAUGCGGCACCAUGUCUGGUGGCAUGGCUGGAGUCUCCUCUUGCUUCUUAGCAUGGGGUGGGUAAGGGGCAGAGCCUCUCCUACUGUUGAGAGGAGCGUGAGCGACUCACUGAGGUGCCUGGGUCCCAACUGUGUGCCUUGUGCCCGGUUGGAAGGGGCUCUGUACACUGCUCUCCACUUAGGUUCAAGGACAGUCCAAAGCGGGAGCAAGGGUAAAAGUGCAAGCACAGAGAUUCUGCUGCAGGGUUUGCUCACCCUUGCUGCAAAAUAAUUUUCUUUUUGUCAGUGGGAAUUUAUCUAGGUGCAUCUGGUGCCUUUACUUUUGUCCUGUCCCUGGGCCCCUCAGAAAAAACCCUGCCUCUGGCGUCUCCAACUCCCUGCAAGGCAGAUGCUGACAGCACUGAGCUUUCCGUCGUCCUUCCCCUUGGGCUGCACAGCCCUGGUGAUCCCUGCUUCCCACAGGGGACUGAAGCAGCCUGGUUUAAGGGACAUCACUGCAGGUGGCACUGGCACUGGCACGGUGGUGAGUCACCAUACCAAGGAGAAGCAGCCCCCGUCCCUGUGCUCCUGUGAAGAUUCAAAGCGGGAGCGCUGGUCCUCGCUCUCGGAAGUGCCCACGCAGCGGCCUUCAAAGAAAGUGAAAGUCAUGAAGGGUAUAAAAGCAGUGAGGAGCAGCAGCAGCAGGGCCCAGGAAAGCUGUGCAGAGCUCACCUCUCCUGCCUGGAGCUCCACUGCCUCCAGCCCAUCCCCUGACAGACUCAGCAGCAAAAUGCAGCAGCUGCAUCUUCUCUGCUUCAGUCUCCUGUUGCUAGGACAUGUCCUGGAUGUGCACGGCGGCAACAACGUCCUGGACUGCUGCCUGCGUACGAGCGAGGCGCCCAUCCCGCGGCGGAUCGUCAGGGAUUACUGGCUCCAGCUGGUGCAGGACGGCUGCGACAUCCCUGCUGCUGUAUUCAUCACCACAAAGGGCAAGCGGCUCUGUGCACCCCUCCAUUCCCCGUGGGUGAUUCGUCUCCAGGAGAGGUUGGAUGCCAGCUCUGCCAAGAGGGGCAAACCACAGGGCAAGUAGGUCCUGAAGAAGCCAUGGCUUGUCCCAACAGCUGGAGGGGACCAUCUCCCAGCUGUGAAUCUGAUGGUAACAGAGCCAACCUGCUUCCACCUCCAACCUCAGGGCGGACCCUCCCUGAGACUCAUGCCAGUGUGUGGGAUGGGGCCCACAGACAGAUAGAGCCCUGUCUGUCCUGUCCUUUUCCCUCUGCUUCCAAUGUGACCCAGCAGCCUGUGUCAGACUGAGCCAGGGGCUGCUGAACUCCAUCACCUUUGCAGCCUGGAAGCUGUUUGAUGGUCUGGUCUGUGAGUCGAGCUGGGGACUCUCAGACUUCCCAUCAGCACAGCAGUUGUGACCUCCUGCUAUAGUCUGAUCCCUUUGGCCAGCCCCAGCCCAGAGUCCUCUUGCAUCCCUGGGAAGGGCUGCCAGCACAGAACAGUGUGGGGCUGGAGGAGACUGAUGGAGAAGGGCCACACAUUGUACUGGUCCUUGCCAAGCACAACCCAGAUGCCCUCAGAAAACGUGUAGCUGAUGUGGUUCCUCUCUCUCUCCUGAAUUCCCUGCACUGUUUCCCUCCUGCCCUUUCUUGCAAGGGUAGAAAUAGAGCCAUUAAUGUGGAGCAGGCAGAGAUGUGGCUCUUAGCCCUGCUCUCCUUGGGGAUAUUGCACUCUUUUCAGAUCCUCAGCCUGACACCAGUGUCCAGCCCUGCCCCAUGUCCACACCUGGAGGUCGUGCUGCUCUCAGGUUAUUUGCUGCUAGAUCUGUUCAU